AUGCGGCCCUCAGAUGUGAACCCGCAGUCUGCUGGUACUCCAAAGGAAAAGAAAAUAUUGGGCAAGCGUUGUGAUGGCGUUGAGGCCGCGAAGCUUGGCAUCGAGUGCCUCGAACCCAAGAUCUCGAAAGCGAGCUCGUGGGUGCACCUCGGUCUGGUUGCCACCAUCGGCAUGGCUUUCUUCACCGUCGCUGCCUUGGCUGCUCCCAUCGCAGAGCCCCUCGAUACCGAUCUCAUCGAGCGAUCCACCGAUCUGACUGCCCGUGGCGAGGGACUUGCUUUCACCGGCGCCAUUAGCGCCCUUGAGCAGCGCAACAGCAAGAAGAAGUGCAAGCGUACCAACAACAAGGGCUACUGCACCGAUUCCGAUGACGAUAAGAAGGACAAGAAGAAGAAGCAGUGCAAGCGCAACAAGAAGGGCGAUUGCUCUGACUCUGACGAUGACAAGAAGGAUAAGAAGAAGAAGCAGUGCAGGCGCAAUAAGAAGGGUAACUGCUCCGAUGAUGAGGAUGAGAAGAAGAAGGGCAACCAGAAGGAGGACAAGAAGAAGAACGAUGACAACAAGAACGAUGACAACAAGAACGAUGACCAGAAGAAAGGCAAGGAUGACAAGGGCGGCUUUUACUAA